GUGCGUGUGACGUGUUACGCAUUACGCAUGGCUGUAGUUCCGGGUUCUGCUGCGGUUGAUUAUGGCGGAAGCAACAGCGAUUGCGCUUAUCCCAUCCCCUCAGCAGCCGCUGCCGGAACCGGAGCCGCAGGAUGGGGCCCCUGAGGACUGGGAAGCGGAAAUGUUCAUGUCCGGGACUCACUGUACGGACCUGGCAUGGCGGCAGAACGAGCAGAGGAAGCAGGGCCAGUUCUGUGACAUGACUCUGGUGUUCGGCCAGGGGGGCCGGGAGUUUCCCGCUCAUCGCUCCGUCCUGGCCGCCGCCACCGAUUACUUUGCCCCCUUGUUGUCCGGGCAGUUCGAGGAGUCCCGCUCCGGGCGGGUUGACAUGAAGUGGAGCUCGGAGCCCGGGCCGGACCUGGAGACGGUGGAGGCGGUGAUACAGUAUAUGUACACCGGGCAGAUCCGCGUCUGUACCGGCAAUGUGCAUGAUGUGCUGGAUCUGUCCGACAGGUUUUUGUUGCUGCGGCUGAAGGAGUUCUGCGGGGAGUUCCUAAAGAAGAACCUGAGCCUAUCAAACUGCGUGGCUAUCCACAGCCUGGCUCACAUGUACUCGCUGACCCAACUGGCUUUAAAAUCCGCAGAGAUGAUCCGCCGGAACUUCUUCAUGGUGAUUCAGGACGACGAGUUUUACACGCUCCCCUUUCACCUGGUAAGAGACUGGCUUUCCGACCCGGAGAUCACGGUGGAUUCCGAGGAGAUCCUUUUCGAAGCAGUCUUGAAAUGGGUUCAGAGGAACAGCGAGGAAAGAGAGAGAUAUUUCGAGGAACUGUUCCGGCUGCUUCGGCUGUCUCAGAUGAAGCCCACUUAUCUCACGUGGCACGUGAAACCCGAGAGACUUGUGGCAGGAAACGAAGCUUGCCUGAAAUUAGUGGCCGAGGCAGUGGAAGGACACGCCCUACGGUCCGAAAACCUGCAACCGGGUCAGUUUCAGCCAACCGCAAACCACAUGUCGGCCUACCCACGUUUUGGUCAGAAUAUGGAUGUUAUUAUGGUGAUCGGAGGGGUCACUGAAGGCGGCGACUACUUAAGUGAAUGCGUCGGAUACUUCAUUAACGAGGACAGAUGGGUAAACUUGCCACACAUUCACAACCACCUCGAUGGUCACGCCGUGACCGCCACCGAUUCAUACGUGUACGUGGCUGGCUCUAUGGAACCUGGAUUUGCCAAGACGAUGGAAAGAUACAACCCAAACAGAAAUCUGUGGGAGCAAGUCAGCAAUCUAAUUACCAGGAAGCAUUCCUUCGGACUUGUGUCGGUUAAAGGGAACCUGUAUAGUAUAGGCGGCCACGAAAACUUCAUCCCGGGUUUUAAGGACGUGACGGUUUAUGACCCGGAGCAAGACAAGUGGCAGAUACUAGAGUCUGCCCCCAAAAUCUUGCGUGACGUUAAAGCUGUUAGCGUGGAAGAUCGCUACGUCUACCUCACAGCUCGCACCCCCGUGGACACCGGCAACGAAGAUGGACUCCGAACUAUUACGUGCAGAUACGACAUAGAGAGCAAUACCUGGCAGGACACGGAUUCCCUGCCCCUCCUCGAUAACUACUGUGCAUUCCAAAUGUCCGUGGCUUACACCAACUUUUACGACACCGCCUCUUGCUGCCCUAAAACCUACUCGACGUCGGUGGAAGAGGCGCAGAGCAAGAUCAACAGGCUGAGUCCCGGUGAAAUCCUGGAGAGCCUGCCCCCCGAGGUGCUCAGCAUCGAGGGCGCCGCAAUUUGCUGUUUCAAAGACGACGUCUUUAUCAUAGGCGGCUGGAAGAACAGCGACGACAUAGACAAGCAGUACCGCAAAGAAGCGUAUCGAUACUGCGCAGAGCGCAGGCGUUGGAUGCUGCUGCCCCCUAUGCCUCAGCCUCGCUGUCGGGCCACGGCCUGCCCCGUCAGAAUUCCUUUCCGCCACUUACACGGUACCCAGAAGUACCCCAUGCCCCCUAACCUGAUGUGGCAGAAGGAUAGAAUGCGGCAGAUGCAGGAAAUGCACCGCCAGACUGUGCGCCUAACGCGCUCGCAGAUUGAAUGCUAAAUACAACUUCAAGCCUUAUUUUCUCACUAUUUGCCACUUUUUUGGCCCAAAUUUGCACAUUUUCUCUUUUAUUUUUUCCUUACAUAUUGUUAUAUAAUGGGAAUUACAGCAAAGCAUGAAAUGUUUUAUAGGGCGGUGAGGUCUUAAGUGUCAGACACUCCAGUAAGCAAAUGCGUGUAUAUAUGUAAAUAUC